AUGCUAUGCGAGCGUAUUUUACAGCAGACAGACGUCACGGUAUCCACCGUUGACAGCGCACAGGGAAAGGAAAAUUCUGUGAUCAUACUGUGUACCACACGCACAGAGGUGGAGCCAACAGCGGCUUCCUUCUUCUCUGACGCGAGACGCCUCAAUGUCGCGCUCUCCCGUGCAAAAGACGAUGUCGGACGGUUCGAAGACGAUCGAAGGGGCGGAGCGAGGACGAGAGGAACAACGAGGAUUCUGCCGACGGACCGUACUGCGACCGGUCUGAUGACCGGAUAUUCCGACUUCGCCACUUGUCUUCCAUCUUUAUGA